GCUUGAUUAAAAAGCAGCGGGGCACUCGGAUCAUGCGACGAGGAUUGUCAGUCAGGAACGCCCGGCUUGAAUGCUAUAUUUAAAAUAGCAGUAUUUCUUUUCCAUUCAAAAAAUCAAGCUUAUUUCAUACAAGCAAAAGGCGUAACUGCAGCUACUUUGACGCUAAGCUUGUCUCUAGCUCUUUUUACAUUAUUGUGAUGGCUGCCAAUGUCCUUUCUAAUUCCUCUCACGCUUUUGGGCCACACAAUAGCCUUCAAGGAUGCUAUCCGUUCCCAACGCCAUUUUUACUUUGUGUGACGUGUAAUUGAUGCCAGAUUCACUUUGAUAUAUCCCCAUAUACUGGUUGCUGUCGUUUACCCAGUUCAGCUCCAGCCGUCCUGCGAAAUGUCUGUGUUACUAGAAACCUCGCUAGGCGAUAUUGUCAUUGAUCUGUAUACAGAAGAAUGUCCCAAAACCACACUCAAUUUUCUCAAACUGUGCAAGAUCAAGUACUACAACUUCUCGCCCUUUCAUAAUGUACAAAAAGACUUUAUGGCACAAACAGGCGAUCCAACUGGCAAGGGCGAUCAAAGCGAAUCGGUAUACGGAAUCCUCGGCCAACAAAAAUAUUUCCCUGCAGAGAUCAAUCCAAAACUAAAACAUAAGUCGCGUGGCACUGUGUCCAUGGCCGUGGCACAGGAUGCAUCCAUUGAAAGCGGAGGUGUCAGUGGAAGCCAAUUCUUCAUUACGUUGGGCGACAAUCUCGAUUACUUGGAUGGCAAAUAUACCGUAUUUGGCGAAGUGGCCGAAGGGUUCGACACGCUGGACAAAAUGAACGAAGCUUAUUGUGAUCAACAAGGUCGACCGUUCCGUGAUAUCCGUAUACGACACACAGUUGUUCUCGAUGACCCGUUCCCGGAUCCAGAUGGGUUGCAAGUACCGGAUGCAUCGCCGGUACCGACCAAAGAACAGCUGGAGAAUAUGCGCAUUGGUGAAGACGAGGAUAUUGAAGAACAAGGCGAUCCGGAAGAGAUUGAAAAGCGGCGGCUGGCACGUGAGGCAAAGGCACAGGCAUUGACGUUGGAAAUGGUGGGCGAUCUACCGUUUGCAGAAGUCAAGCCGCCAGAGAAUGUGCUUUUUGUAUGCAAGUUGAACCCAGUGACACGAGACGAGGACCUCGAGUUGAUUUUUUCACGGUUUGGUCGGAUCUCUAGCUGUGAAAUCAUUCGCGAUCGCCAGACUGGUGAUUCGCUCUCAUAUGCAUUUAUUGAAUAUGAGAACAAGGACGACGCAGAAGAGGCCUACUUUAAAAUGCAGUCUGUGCUGAUUGAUGAUCGUCGUAUUCACGUGGAUUUUUCUCAAUCGGUAUCCAAGUUACAUAAAGAUUGGUUAUCGUCUCGUUUCCGAGGCAACGGCGAAGCGCUAGGUGGAUUUGAAAAAUUGGAAAAGAAAACGCGUUAUCGUGAAGGUGAAGGACGGAAUCGUGGUGACGAUUAUGACUUGGUUUUUGAACAUGACCGCAGAAAGAAACAAGACCGUGAUGAUGAUAGCCGUCAUCGUCGGGAGAAUGAUGACAAGGAUCGAGGUAGAGGCGAUGACAGAUAUCGAGAUGGUCGAUCAGAUCGACGAUCUGAUGACCGACACAGAUCUUCGUUAGAUCGGUCAAGAUACCAUGACAGGGGUUACCGUGACAGCAGAGAUCAUCAUCGUAAUAGUAGUGGUAGAGAUAGACGUCGAUCAAGAUCCGGCUCUCCAAGAGACCGACGUGAUCGAAGGCGGUAAUGUUAAUACAUGUAUAAAAAGGAAAAUAAUUUUACAAUUGAAAAGUACCAUACGGA